AUGGCAGUAAAGAACUUGACCGACGUGUACAUGCUCAUGCGGAGUAACUCCGUGCGAGCGAAACAUACUCUCGAAGAAUUCCACGAUGAAGCGGGUGACACGGUCGCCUUGGUUAGUCCAGACCUAGAGUCAGGAUUGUACAGAGGUAAAAAAGUCCUCCAGCCUCCCCUGUGGACCGACAAUCUCGAGCAGAUCACGGCUGAGCUCGUCAAAAUCCGGAAUCACUUACGGGAUUUGGACCGGCUACACGACAAGCACCUGAACAGACCUUCCCUGAUGGACGAUCAUUCGGAGGAGAGACGGAUACAGACUUCAACGCAGACCAUCGGACAAUUGCUGCAUGACUGCCAAUCGCACGUCAGCAUCAUAAAUCGCUCUGCUUCAGGGAAAAACGAGGGGUCUGCUGAACGACAGUUGACGGAAAAUGUCGUACGAGCUGUCGCCGGUCAGCUGAGGGACGUGACCGAACAAUUUCGGCAACGACAGACGGAUUACUGUAACAGGAUUAAGCAACGCAACAAUGCCGGAUCCUUCUUCGACAACCUCCAAGCAGAGCAGUCACCGACGGAGACUAUCCUACAAAAUGAUAUGAUGUUCGUGACGACUCAAGAUCUGCUGACAUCCGAGGAGGUGGCUCAAAGGGAACAGGAAAUCCAGGGUGUCGUUCGCUCUAUACAUGACUUGAACGCUGUUUUCAAAGAAGUGGCCCAGCUCGUCGUCGAACAAGGAUCGGUGGUCGACCGUAUCGACUACAACGUGGAACACGUGCAAGCCUCGGUGCAGCAAGGUCUCCAGCAACUACACAAAGCGGCUGCUUAUCAACGCGGUAACGCAAAGUUGAAGUGCAUCGUCAUCUUGACAGUAGUGACCGUUUUCAUGACUAUUGUCUUAUUCGUGACGAAGUUGAGCUGAGGGCCUCCUGUGAUCUCUCUCAUCGAGCAUGAAGAUCCUGCGGAGUUCUCGGAACGAGCCCCAACUCCUUCCCCGAAGUUGCCUCAUGAGGGUUUCGUUCAUCAUGUUGGUCAUGUCAAGGUUCUACUCGAGAUCGAACGUAAUCCGCCGUAU